UAUUAUCACUUCACUUACAUUCACCAAAAUAUGGAGUCCUCUAAUAAGCUUACUGCUUUUUUCUUGAUUUUAAUGUUCUUUGUUUCUUCAGCAAGUCCUGUUGUUCUUGAUUGUGGUCAUUGUGGCAAACCAAAAACACCUGCUAAACCAACACUACCUCUUCCGCCACUUCCCACACUUCCCCCUGUCAAGCCAACACUACCUCUUCCACCACUUCCCACACUUCCACCGGUGAAGCCAACAUUGCCAACACUCCCACCACUCCCCGUCCCUCCGGUCAAACCAACAUUGCCAACACUCCCCAUCCCUCCGGUCAAACCAACGCUGCCAACACUACCUCUCCCACCAGCUGUCCCCAAACUCCCUCUCCCACCAGUCCCAAAACUCCCUCUCCCACCUGUCCCAAAACUGCCACUCCCCAACCUUCCUCUCCCGCCACUUCCUGUACUUCCUCCUGCCACACCAGCGCCAACAGUCACCCCACCAAAAGGCAAACCCUGCACACCAGCAAAGCCGCCUACGUCAAAGCCAGCGCCAUCACCAUCUGCAACAUGCCCAAUUGACACACUAAAAUUGGGAGCAUGUGUGGACCUUCUAGGUGGAUUAGUCCACAUUGGACUUGGUGACCCUGCGGUUAACAAGUGUUGCCCAAUUAUUGCUGGACUAGCCGAGUUAGAGGCUGCCGUUUGCUUGUGCACAACACUAAAGCUUAAGCUUUUGAACCUCAAGAUUUAUCUACCAAUUGCUCUUCAAUUGCUUGUUACUUGUGGCAAGACCCCUCCUCCUGGUUACACUUGCUCUAUCUAAUUAAAAAGCUCCCAAUUACCCAGGAGCUAAUUAGUUGAUGAACGCAUCGAUGAAAUCGCCCUGAUAGGAUCGAUCAAACUGUUAAUUCGGAUUUGCCUAUGGAUUUCUCUUUCAUUUGUUGGUCAACAUUUUUUUAUAAGAAGAUUAUUGUUUUGUGGUGUGUUUAUUUAUUUGUGUAAGGAAUAGCAGCAUCAUUUCAUUCAAGGGAACUAUUCAAGGAUGUUCUUUAAUUACUAAA